AUGAUUGCAGGAAGUUUCUCUGAGUUUCUCGAAGAGAUCAAAAACUGCAGUUCUGAAGGUCCUUUACCAGAACUGGGGUAUUUGGACUUGUCCUCGAAUCAAUUAGUGGGCCGAUUGCCAGAACGGUUGAGUCAGCUGGAAAAACUUACAUAUCUGGAUCUAUCCUACAACAAGCUUCAAGGCCCUAUCCCUGCUUCUUUUGGGACAUUCAAAAAUCUGAAUAAGAUGCGGCUUGGAUGGAAUGAACUGAAUGGGAGUCUCCCAGUUAGUUUUGGACAACUUUCUGAAUUGGUUGUAUUGGAAGUUUAUGAGAAUCGUUUGACUGGAAUUCUUUCUGAAGAACAUUUUUCAAAGUUGAGUAAGCUGAAGAUGUUGUUGAUAGGCGGAAAUUCAGGUCUCGUUUUGAAUGUUAGUUCCACCUGGGUCCCCCCAUUCCAAAUCGCUUAUCUGAUUAUGGCUUCAUGCAAUUUAGGCCCUUCAUUCCCGACUUGGCUUAGGUCUCAAAAGGAGGUCUCCUGGCUGGAUUUGUCAAAUGCUAGCAUCUCAGGUUCCAUACCCAAGUGGUUUUGGAAUAUUUCUUUCAAUCUGCAGUACUUAAGCCUUUCUCACAAUCAGUUACAAGGUCAGCUACCAAAUUCAUUAAAAUUUCAUUCUGGUGCAUAUAUUGAAUCAGAGAUUGAUUUCAGUUACAACCUCUUUGAGGGACCUAUUCCUUUUUCAAUCAAAGGGGUUUAUUUACUAGAUCUCUCACACAAUAAAUUUUCUGGCCCUAUCCCACUGAGCAGAGGUGAAUCUAUGUUAGACUUGAAUUGCCUUUUCCUUUUGGAAAAUCAAAUAACAGGGACCAUCCCAGAUUCCAUAGGACACAUCACCUCUCUUCAAGUCAUUGAUUUUUCAAGGAAUAAUUUGACUGGAAGCAUUCCUUAUACCAUAGGUAAUUGCUCUAGCCUAAUUGUUCUUGACCUUGGAAAUAACAAUUUAUCUGGGAUGAUACCAAAGUCCUUGGGCCAGUUACAAUGGCUCGAAUCAUUGCAUCUGAACGAUAACAAGCUUUCAGGAGAGCUCUUCUCGUCUUUCCAAAAUUUAUCAAUGUUAGAACUCCUUGAUCUCAGUUAUAACCAGUUAUCGGGUAAGGUUCCUUCAUGGAUUGGAAUUGCUUUCAUAAAUCUUGUAAUACUCAACUUGAGGUCAAAUGUAUUUUUUGGAAGACUUCCCUCCCAGCUUUCAAAUUUAAGCUCCCUGCAUGUCUUAGACCUUGCACAAAACAAUCUGAUGGGUGAAAUUCCAGUCACUUUGGUUGAGCUUAAAGCCAUGGUUCCGGAGUAUAACAAGAAUAUAUAUCGUUUGUAUGACAAUGUGAGCAACUCUUGGUAUGAAGAACGAUUGGUGGUGAUUAUGAAAGGCCAAAGUCUUGAAUACACCAGGACUCUUUCUAUGGUUGUAAGCAUAGACCUAUCCGACAAUAAUUUAAGUGGAGAGCUUCCCCAAGAAAUAACAAAAUUGUUUGGUUUGAUGGUUUUGAACUUGUCUGGGAAUCACAUCGGUGGCCAAAUUCCUGAAAGCAUUUCAAUGUUGCACCAGUUAUUAUCUCUUGAUUUGUCAAGGAAUAAGCUUUCCGGCAGCAUUCCUUAUACCAUAGGUAAUUGCUCUAGCCUAAUUGUUCUAAACCUUGGAAAUAACAAUUUAUUUGGGACCAUCCCAGAUUCCAUAGGACACAUCACCUCUCUUCGAGUCAUUGAUUUUUCAAGGAAUAAUUUGACUGGAAGCAUUCCUUCUACCAUAAAUAAUUGCUCUAGCCUAAUUGUUCUAGACCUUGGAAAUAACAAUUUAUCUGGGAUGCUACCAAAGUCGUUGGGCCAGUUACAAUGGCUCGAAUCAUUGCAUCUAAACGACAACAAGCUUUCAGGAGAGCUCCCCUUAUCUUUCCAAAAUUUAUCAAGAUUGGAACUCCUUGAUCUCAGUUAUAACCAAUUAUCGGGUAAGGUUCCUUCAUGGAUUGGAACUGCUUUCAUAAAUCUCGUAAUACUCAACUUGAGGUCAAAUGUAUUUUUUGGAAGACUUCCCUCCCAGCUUUCAAAUUUAAGCUCCCUACAUGUCUUAGACCUUGCACAAAACAAUCUGAUGGGUGAAAUUCCAGUCACUUUGUUUGAGCUUAAAGCCAUGGUUCCGAAGUAUAACAAGAAUAUAUAUCCUUUGUGUGACAAUGUGAGCAACUCUCAGUAUGAAGAACGAUUGGUGGUGAUUAUGAAAGGUCAAAGUCUUGAAUACACCAGGACUCUUUCUCUGGUUGUAGGCAUAAACCUAUCCGACAAUAAUUUAAGUGGAGAGCUUCCCCAAGAAAUAACAAAAUUGUUUGGUUUGCUGGUUUUGAACUUGUCUGGGAAUCACAUCAGUGGCCAAAUUCCUGAAAGCAUUUCAAUGUUGCACCAGUUAUUAUCUCUUGAUUUGUCAAGGAAUAAGCUUUCCGGCAGCAUUCCUUCAAGCAUG